GUGUGUGUGUGGUUUGUGAAUAGCCGAAAACCACAACGCUUAGCGGUAUUGUGUUUCCAGUAGAAAAAAAAACUGGUCAAGAAUUUUGCCCUUCUUGAGGUUCAAGCAAGAGCCCUGAAUUUCCUCAAGUUUUCGCCAGCACGAUUUCAAUCUUUAGGUGAAUGUAAAGAGUCUUCUUGCAGUGUGGUUCAAAGAGCAACUUCACCAUGCGAACAUGGAGGGUAUCUCUGCUUCUGCAGAUGAUGACAGUUAUGCUUGUUACAGUCUCCGCUUUCGAGUUCUCUUUCGAGGCCUUCUACGGGAACACAUCCGACAUUGACGAUGAGUACAAGCGGAUUAUAGAUGAUGCAAAAGAAGACGUCAACAAGGAGUAUCCCCAAGACUCGCUCCGUGUCACCCACUUCCAGCCUCGUCGGGCAGCGAAUUCUGCUGAGAAACUAUUCAGCACCAACUCAUUCCAAGCUCUCAAAUUGGACGUGUGUCCCGGCAUCUUCUCGGCCGGAGCCCAGGGACUAAUCGUCCCCAACGAUGUCUGCUACGAGUGCCGGUCAGUCGGUGCCAUGGUUGGCAACGCGGUCAAUCCAACCAUCGCUCUAGACCAAGCCGAGGGAUCCAAGGCAAUCAAGAUGCUGCCUACCACAUCAGAAAUGGUGGAUCUCUUCGUACAUCUCAUUAAUUAUACCAAGUGGUAUGAUUUCAUCGUCUUGUAUGAUCAAUACUCCGGUCUGGAUGUUGCUGUGUCGAUGAUGGGGUAUGCCGAUAUAUACGGCUGGAACGUCAAGAUGCAGAAUGUUAAUGACCACGAUAUGCUGACAAAGACACUGAAGGCAUCCAGGGUCAGGAAUCUCCUCCUGUACUGCGAGUACCAAGAAAACGCCAUGGACGUCGUGCGCUUGGCUAUUGAAGAAGGCAUGAUGGAAGAUUCGUAUCACUGGAUGCUGGGCAACCUGAAUAUGCCUCUGACGUGGGACCACGUCUCAGCGAUCCGGAGGAGCGGGGCCUACAUCACCCGCCUCCAAGUGGAGACCAAGAACAACGUGGCUUCGGACUUUCAAACCCAGAAGCCGGAGCCACUGGACGAGUGGCCCUACCGGCUACGGCUAGCCUAUGACGCUGUGCUUCUGUUCUCAAACGCCCUCCAGCGGUACAAGCAGAGAACUGGUCGGUUUCCUACAGAGCGAGUCUUCUGUCAGACGACUGAGGAAUACACAUACAGUCCCUUGGACCCCGAAAUCAAAAGUGUCAGCUUCGAAGGCUUGAGUGGGGAGGUGGCCUUUAACGAACACGGAGACCGUGUAAAUUACACCAUCAGAAUCUACAUGGGCAAAGGAACAACCGUCUACGUGCACAAUGACGUCGAGGAGAUCCAACCUCUUGGUACGUGGACACAGAACAUCAAACAUUGGGAGCUGAAGUACGGACGACAAUGGCAAAGCAAAGAGCGCCUCAACAUGGGUCCCUUCAGAAACGCCCAGGUCGACACCAUCAAGAUUGUCUCUCUGGAGGAGCCUCCUUAUCUCCUUGACGACAGCCGAGUAGGUAUCCAGGGCUUCAUCAAAGAAUUCCUCAUUCAUCUCAAGCGCGUCAUGGAGGAGGAACUGGGUCAGAAUUUCGAAUACGAGCUGGAGUUGGUGUCUGAGGGAGACUACGGAAGAUACGACAUCGUGACCAAUAGUUGGAGCGGCUUGAUGGGGAGACUAGUCAACGGGUAUGCCGACAUUGCCGCUGCACCCAUGGCCAUCACACCCCAGCGAGAUAGGUACGUGGACUUCACUGUGCCCUUCAUCAAGAGUGAGCUGGGCGUCCUGAUCAAGCAUCCCAGCUGGAUCUGGGAGUACCCCUUCGCUCCUGUCUUCCCCUUUCGCUGGGAUGUUUGGAUGGUCAACCUCCUCGCCUUUGUCGUGGUGACGGUAGCCAUGACUCUCAUCGGUCGGUACAACCCCCAGGAAUGGUCCCGGGCUGCGGAGAGAGGCGAGGCGUCCCAGGAACAGAGCCAGAGCUUCAACGUCUGGAACACCUUCUGGUUCAACGUGUCCACCUUGUUCCUGCAGAGUUUUGAUUCGUCUCCCCGCUCUGUGACAGGCCGAGUCUUGGCAGCUUUCUGGUUCUUCUACUGCAUCGUCAUGGUGUUCCUCUUCCUCUUCAACCUCACUCCUUUCCUGACGUCUUCUAAGAGCAUCGGUAUCGUUCGGGAUGUCGGCGACCUGUUGGAUGAGACCACGGUGGAUGUUGGCUUCAUCAAGGAUAGUCCGGCUUAUGACUUCUUUAAGUAUUCCGACAUCGAGGACUUCACUCGAUUCUGGGAGUACAUCCAUGCUGCCAACUCCAUGUAUGGAGACGAGACGACAAUCGAGUUCCGCGUUGAGGAGGCUGUACAGAGGGUCCGCCUGUCGAAUGGUCGCUACGCCCUGAUCCACGACAAGGAGGUUUUGAAGAAAGAAGCUGCUCGAUGGCCAUGUGAUCUCUACAUCACCGGGGGUCACUUCGCUCUGGUGGAGUAUGGUCUGGCAGUCCAAUCUGGCUCACCUCUCCGGGAUCAACUGACCUAUGCCGUAAGACGCCUUCAAGAGAAGGGCAUCAUCGAUGAAAUCUGGAAGAACAACACCGAUAAUCCUCUCUGGGUGGAGCUGAACAAGGAAGGUAGCUGCCAAGAAAAUGCAACCAUCUGGGAAAUCCAAGGUCUGUACUCUCUGACCACCGUCGACAUGAAGGGGAUAUACUUCUUGCUCCUACUCGGCAUGGGAUUGGCUGUCAUCAUAUUCCUAAUCGAAGUCUUGGCUUUCCAGCUUGGAUUUGGGUCUUCGUCUCCCGGACACACUGGCAGCCGGCAGGAGAUGCAGAACCUGAGAGGCAGUGACAGGCGCACUGGGGGCGGGGGAGGCAUGGGCGGGCCCAUGGGCGGGGCAGAUGUGGGCGGUAACGAGAAGAUGUGGAUAUAGGUCAUGAAUACUCAACAAUGUAGGCAUACUCAUGAAUACUCAGCAAGAUAAUCAUAAAUUCACGAGUUGUAAUGCAUAUGCAUAUUCAGAAACAUCAGGGAAUAUUCACAUACAUGUAGACAGAAAUAUCCAUAUUUGCCAAAGACAAAAUAACUUAUGCAACCAACAUGACCUGAAGACAAAUUUGAAGAAAUCUUCCUUAGACAAUUUUGUAGUACUCAGUGUAAAGCUAACGUCAUCAGUUGUAACUCUAACAAGAACAAAGUAUUUCAAAAAUAUUCUGGAAUAGAAUGAAGAAUGUUAAAAAUAAAUCUGCUGUUAGUAUCUCCACGAAAUGUGUUUGAAAAAAAAGGAGAAUCAGGCUUGGCCUGACAAAGUUUGCUAUUUUGAUGUAAAUCUUUUGUGAUGCAUUUGAAAAAAAUUUGGCUACAUUUUGCUUUUUAGUGUAAAAUAUUAUUUUGUAUAUACGUUAGUUGUGAUUGAUCUUUUUGUGAUGUAUUCUGUAUCUGGAAAAAAGAGUUAAUUUACACUUACGUUUUUGUUUUUAGAUCUAACUUUGGAUUAAUGAAACCUACGGCUGUACACAAUUUUUAGAAAUUUUUUGUAUUUUAAAAUCAAUUUUUAGGUAUGUCUAAAGCUGCGAUAUAACCGUAUAGAUGACACCUGUUACUUUCUGGAGUAAAGAUAUUUGCAUAUUCAUGUCAACUCCAAUUAGUGCGCAUGAGUAGUUCAUGUUGAUUUAUACUUUAUGUUACAGAAAUGCAAUUUUAGUUACUGACUUGUCGUGGUGACCAAAAAUUUAAAUUCCCCAUCGAGAAGGAACCAUUCUGAAUUUGUUUGUAAUAAACAAAUUCAUUGCUUUCACAAAAUCGUUUUAGAUAAAACUAGAGUGUCAUAGCUCUGUACAUGUUGUAACCAAAUCCAUAAUUUUGAAGACCGAAAACAUUUUUUUUUCCAAAAUAAUGUUAGAUUUCUCACAACACAAUUUUUAGCUGUAUUUGAUUCGUUUACAUGUAUAAUUUUGUUAAUGUUUACUCAGUAUAUCAUUUAUGUAAGUAAAAGUACAAUUUUUAGAUUUCUUUUUAUAACUUGUAAGCGAUUUGUAUUUUCAAAAUUUUAAAAGGCUUUUAGGCUGUGCACAAAAAAUGUAUAUAAGGGGUAAUUUUAGUCGCACUUUGUGUACAUAAUACGUUGGAAAUAAGCAUAUUAUCUGUCCUAAAACAUCAGUCUUGCAAAAAAAAAAAAUCAAAAAUGGUUGUUUUUUUUCGAACGCCCAUUCGUGAGCGUCUAAACACCGCCCCCUCUGAGUUGUAGGAGACCAGUGAAGGAAACUAAGCACUUUCUGGCCCAAACCACUUAGAAAUGGAAAUUCUGCUAUUUCUUUAAAACAAGGCUUUGUUAUUGACAAUCUCGGCUCCUUCAUGUUGUCCAAUUUUCGCACUGAUGUGUUUUUUUGGUAACGAAUUGAGUUUGCUUAUUUAGUUGCAUUUCACAUGUUUUUUUUAAAUCGCCUUCGUUCUUUUAAGCUUGUAAAGUGACAAUUUGGUGGAAGGAAAUAAACUAACUUUGAAUAUUUUGUAA